ACAAUCAUUCCAACAUCUCAACUUGAGGCUUUCAACAAAAUCCUCAAAACCCAAAAGUGAAAUCUCCAUGCCCUUUUGUCAAAUACGAGGUACAGAAUUUACCCUCAAUUGAAAAGCUCAUUAGAGUCCCAAUUGAGUUUAAUUUUCCUGUCAAAACUAGGUCUUUCUGAACAGAAACAACCUCAGACCUAUACCAUUGUGACAUUGUCUCUAUAUAAAGACAAUGAAGUUUUCAAGCUUGAAACUCAAAAACAGUUUGGUUCCUAGGAGAAAGAGAAACUAAAAGAUAUUUCAGUUACCGAUGAUGAGAAAAUCAGGCUGUUCUACCUUUCUUAAUGAGCCUUCCAUGAUUCCUCUGUUUCUUGUUCUUCUACAUGUCUCUGCCUCAUGGGCAGCAGCAGACUCGGUGUAUGCUACGUUUGUUCACUGUCUGUCUAAGCAAACAAACCAACAAGUUUCUCAUAUACUUUAUGCUCAAACCAACGCUUCCUACACAUCUGUGCUCCGAGCCUACAUCAGAAACUCCCGCCUCAACACCUCCUCUACCCGAAAACCUGUGAUCAUUGUGACCCCAACGCAAGAAUCCCAUGUCCAGGCUGCUGUGAUUUGUUCAAAGAGCAUUGGGCUUCAGAUCAGAACCCGAAGCGGCGGACAUGACUUCGAGGGCAUCUCUUACAUCUCCGAUGUGCCGUUUAUACUCCUCGAUAUGUUUAAUCUCCGAUCAAUAAAUAUCGACCUUAAGGAACAAACUGUUUGGGUUGGAGCCGGCGCCACGUUCGGAGAGCUUUAUUAUAGAAUCUGGGAGAAGAGCAAAGUGCACGGCUUCCCAGCCAGUAUUUGUCCCACCGUUGGCGUAGGUGGGCACAUUAGCGGCGCUGGGUAUGGUAACAUGCUGCGUAAACAUGGGCUGUCGGUGGAUCAUGUAAUCGACGCGAGGAUUGUCGACGCUAAGGGUAGGAUUCUUGAUAAGGCUUCAAUGGGCGAAGAUCUGUUUUGGGCAAUCAGAGGAGGAGGAGGAGCAAGCUUUGGAGUGAUACUUUCGUACAAGCUUAAUUUGGUUCCUGUUCCAAAAACGGUCACAAUUUUCCGGGUUGAGAGGACACUGGAAGAGAAGGCGACCGACAUUGUUUACAAGUGGCAGCAGGUUGCCACCACGACCGAUGACAACCUUUUCAUGAGGUUGCUCUUACAGCCUGUGAGUUCCAAAUUGAAGAAGGGGGAGAUGACUGUUAGAGCUUCGAUCAUAACCUUGUUUCUUGGAAACGCUGAGCAACUUGUUUCAUUGUUGGGUAAAGAGUUUCCUGAAUUGGGUUUGAAGAAGGAAAAUGUCACGGAAACAAGUUGGAUUGGAUCUGUCGUUUGGUGGGCUAACUUCGACAUUGGGACGUCCCCAGAUGUCCUGCUCGACCGAAAUCCUGACUCUGCAGAUUUCUUGAGGAGAAAGUCAGAUUAUGUGCAGAAGCCGAUUUCCAAAGAUGGGUUGAAUUGGCUAUGGAAGAAGAUGAUUAUGAGUGGAAAAACAGGUUUGGUUUUCAACCCGUAUGGUGGGAAAAUGAGUGAAAUUCCUGCUUCUGCUACGCCUUUUCCACACCGUGCUGGAAAUUUGUUUAAGAUCCAGUACUCCCUAAGUUGGGAAGAGGAGGGAGUUGUGGCAGACAAGAAUCACACUGCUCAGAUAAGGACGCUUUUCAGUUACAUGACUCCAUUUGUUUCCAAGAACCCAAGACGUGCCUUUCUGAACUAUAGGGACCUUGACAUUGGUGUCAAUCGCAAUGAUAAGAAUAGCUAUGAAGAAGGGAAGGUUUAUGGGGUCAAAUACUUCAAUGACAACUUUAACAGGUUGGUGAAGGUUAAGACUGCAGUAGAUCCUGAUAACUUCUUCACGAACGAGCAGAGCAUCCCAGUUCUUCCAAGAUUCCACUCAGGCGUCAGCGGCCGGUCCACGUCCAUCUUAUCAUCACUGAAAUUAGUGGGAGCAUCUAUGUGGACAAUGCUAUUUGCAAACCUCUUGAAUAUAUGAACAUAAUAUUCUGUUUCUCAUAGUUAAUUAUACUUUGAGAACUUGGUUGUUGGAUUGCCCAGAAAAGAAGUAACCAUAUUGUUUGAUUUUUUUUCCUUUCAAAGAAAAUGCACGUGCAUGGAAAAGGAAAAGGCUUGCAAGUGAAAGCAUUUGAAUGCCA